CUCAACCUGUAAAAGAGAUGGAGAAUCAUUCAAGUUCUCUUGCUCUCUUCAUCUCAUUAAGUGAUACACACAGACACAACAUAACCAAACAUUACAAUCCUUCAACUUGGAGGGGUUUUUAGUUGAAAUUCAAUUCUUCUUCUUCUUGAAAAGAAAGAAAAAAGUAAAAUGUGGAGUGGAAAGGAAAUAUACGCAGCUGCUGAAAGAAAUAAGGAUCCAAUAUUGUCAGUACUUCGGAAUUACAUAAAGAAAGGAGUAGCUCAGGUGUUUUUGGAAAUUGCUUCUGGUUCAGGUCAGCAUGUCGCUCAUUUUGCCCCUAAUUUCCCUAACGUAACUUUCUAUCCAUCUGAAAACGGUGAUCCGAAAUUAAUAAGAAGUAUUGAAGCCCACACUGCUGAAAUGUCAAAUGUUAAAACUCCAACUAACAUUGACAUUGCAACUAAUUACAAAACUUGGAAUAAUGGAUUUUUUAAAGAGAGUACCAUUGAUUACAUGUACACUUCAAAUUUGACGCAUGUUUCCCCAUUUGAAUGUACAAUAAGCUUAUUUAAAAAUGCUGGGAAAUUAUUAAACUCCGAUGGACUUUUAUUCAUGUACGGUCCAUUUGCUGUCGAUGGCAAUCUUUCUCCAGAAAGUAAUAUUAAUUUUGACAAAAGUCUUCGAGCGCAAAAUUCUGAACUUGGUAUUCGUGACACACGUGAUUUGCAAGAGUUGGCAGAUAAAAACGGUUUGCAACUUCUCGAAAUGAAGGAUAUGCCGGCUAAUAAUAAAACUCUAAUUUGGAAAAAGUCAUCUCAGUAAAAUACAUUAUAUAUAAAAAGUGUAUUAUUUCGAUCAAUUAGAGAUUUUUUUCAAUUUAUGACAUUCUUUUUAUUUUCUGCUAUUUUCAUAUUUUUAUAUUGUUUCAAAAUAAACAAUGUUUUAGAAAUGAUA